GCGUGCACCGCGGCGGCGGCGGCAGCGGCGGCGGGAGCGGCAAGAUGGCGGACGUGCUGGACCUGCAUGAGGCGGGGGGCGAGGACUUCGCCAUGGACGAGGAUGGCGACGAGAGCAUCCACAAGCUGAAGGAGAAGGCGAAGAAGCGGAAGGGCCGCGGCUUCGGCUCGGAGGAGGGCUCCCGGGCGCGGGUGCGGGAGGACUACGACAGCGUGGAGCAGGACGGGGACGAGCCGGGUCCGCAGCGCUCGGUGGAGGGCUGGAUCCUCUUCGUGACCGGGGUCCACGAGGAGGCCACGGAAGAAGACAUCCACGAUAAGUUUGCGGAGUACGGCGAGAUCAAGAACAUCCACCUCAACCUGGACAGGCGGACGGGCUACCUGAAGGGAUACACUCUGGUGGAGUAUGAGACCUACAAGGAGGCGCAAGCGGCCAUGGAGGGGCUGAACGGGCAGGAGCUGAUGGGGCAGCCCAUCAGCGUGGAUUGGUGCUUCGUGCGGGGGCCCCCCAAGGGCAAGAGGAGGGGCGGCCGCCGCCGGAGCCGGAGCCCGGACAGGAGGCGCCGGUGAUGGCUCCUCAUCCCCAUCCCAAACCCGCACCGGGAGCGCCGGGAGCAGGGUUUGUACCUUGGGAACAGGAGGAGCCGGAGGAGGUUUUGCUGGUUUCCAAGGGGCUGAGUCAGGGGGUGAAGCCUCCGUUGAGGUUCCUGAGGGGUUGUGCUUGUGCUGAGCCCCUCAGCCCGGUUCCAGCUCCAACCACGAUGUUCCUGAAGCAUCUUCUCCCACAAGGAGCCACCCUCGUGUCCCUCCUUACCCGCUGGGGGAGCUGGAACCAGGCCCCGGCUCCGGCCCUGCCCCAGCGCCGGCCCCACAAUAAACUCUUUGUGGUAAAAAGCCACUUUUCCCCCUUCCAAGAGCACCUGGAAGCUGCUUUCUGGGCUCCUUGGGUCACGGCGAGUUCUCCCCGUGCAGGUAAAGGGACACAUCGGAGUUAUCCAACGGGUUUGGCUUGGGAAGGACCUUGGGAUCCUCCAGUUCCAGCCCCCCAAAUUCAACCUAUUCUACUUUCCCCCAAAAAAAUGAGCCUUUUCAGUGUUUUUUAAAGCAGUUCCUCCCCAUC